AUGUUCUCGACCAUCGCUAGAAAGCCGGUUUGCAGAGGAGCUGUGACAUCCUUGCGUGCGUUUCAUAGGAGUGCGGUCAUAUAUUCACCACCGGUUCCAGUACCGCUGGCGUUCACUAGAUACGAAAACAACGUGUCAAGUAACGACGUCCCACCGGUUCUCGUACUUCACGGUCUGUUUGGGUCGAAAUCGAAUUGGAACAGCUUAGCUAAAGCGUUCCAUAAAAACACCAAACCAGUCCGUAAGAUAUAUGCGAUAGAUGCACGAAACCAUGGAGACAGCCCGCACACGGAUGAGCAUUCAUACGAUCACAUGGUGGAAGAUUUGGUCGCGCUUUACAAAACCUUGGAUAUCCAAAAAGCUUCCAUUAUCGGGCAUAGCAUGGGAGGCCGAGCCAUGAUGUUGCUAGCUUUGAAAUAUCCUAAAUUGGUAGAAAAAGCAAUUAUUGUUGAUAUUUCUCCCUCAACUGGCUUAGGCACGAGUAAUACGGAUAUCCCGCUAUUUCUACAAUCAAUGAAGAUGAUUGAGAUAUCGCCCAAUGCAACUAUACACCAGGCGCGUAAGAUCGCCGACGAACAGUUGAGCAAAAUCGUGCGGGAAAAAUCAUUGCGAGAUUUUUUGAUUACUAAUCUCGUGAAAAACCCUAAAGAUGAAGGCAGAUUCCGAUGGCGUAUAAACUUGCCAUCGCUGGAGCGUAAUUUCACAACCGGCGUCGCCCAAUUUCCAACCCUGGCAGGAGUCAAGUUCGAUGGGCCGACGUUGUUCAUCGCAGGUGGAAGAUCUGAUUAUGUAAAACCGGAUGAUGUGCCUCUGAUUAAAACAUUAUUUCCUAAUUCAAAUAUUACGUAUGUAAAAGAUGCUGGCCAUUGGGUUCAUAGCGAAAAGUCUACAGAAUUUUCUAAAUUAGUCUUGGAAUUCCUCAACAAAUAG